AUGAAUGACCUUUGUCUGUUCACAGGUAAGGCGGUGGAGAAGGACUGGGAAAAGAAAAUGGACCUACGUUGUGAGGACACCUUUAGCAAAGGUAACAGCUGUUAAGGGUCCCAGGGGGAGCAGUUACUGAUUUAAGUUAAACAAGUGAGAGAAAAAGGGAAUUUUAGUUUAAAAUUUUGAAUGCAUUAAUAUUACAUUAGUAAACCUCUUGUCCAGACUGAUCUAGGACCCUAGUUUAUUAGCCAAUUUCUACCAUCCAGGUGUGGUGCGCUGUGUAGAGAAACUUGGAUCACUGUUUGACAAAUGUUAUGACAUCAUGUGGAUCAUAGCGUACUUGCUUUGCUGGCCACUGAAGGUCUGUCGUGCGACAUAAUGUUACUUACAUAGCUUACUUAACUGAUGACUCGCUAUAAAGGAAAUGUGGACUAUGAUAUCUAUCCCAUACAGAACUAAUGUUAACUUAUAAACAAAAUAUCCACGUCUUGUCCUGUGAAUUUGUGAAUUGUUGAAAUUUCUAGUUGCACCUUUAAAAUUUGUCGUCUUAUUGAUUUUAUAUAUCUUUUAACCGUUUUGAGUUCACAGCCAGUAGAAAGAAAGGAUAGCAGAAAAAAAAGGAAUCGAAAUGCAUGUUCCCUGUUUAAUAGCAAUGCAAGACAUUAUUUGAAGUUUUGAUGAUAAAAACCGAUUUUUUCUAUAUCAACCUUUCUAAUCUACCAUUUGUCCACAUUUGGAUAAACUAUUGUAUCUAUCUAUCCCAAUGUCCACCAUUCUAAUCUACCAUUAUGUCCACAUGUGGAUAAACUAUUAUAUCUUUCUAUCCUAGUGUACACUAUUAUGAUUCUAAUCUACCAUUAUGUCCAAUUGUGGAUAAACUAUUGUAUCUUUCUAUCCUAGUGUCCACCAUUGGGUACAAAGAUAAUGUUAGGGGCUAUUUACUCACCAGAUAAGUGCCUUCUGUAAUCUGGUCACCCUCCUGCCCGGUGCCUUCGGGAUGAACUGUCAGUCAAUGAAAGUGGUCAAUCCUGGAUUUGGAGAAACGUUUGUGGCAGCAAGGGCAGUAAUCGAUGACAUGGACCAGGGCAUGGAUGUAAGAAAAUAAUUUUCUCAUUAUGUUAAGGAUUUAGUUAUCCGCAAUAACAGUAAUACAUUUGUUUAACCAAAAUAUGGCCCCAACAUAUUGUGACAGAUGGCCCCGACAUAUUGUGACAGAUGGCCCCGACAUAUUGUGACAGAUGGCCCCGACAUAUUGUGACAGAUGGCCCCGACAUAUUGUGACAGAUGGCCCCGACAUAUUGUGACAGAUGUCCCCAAUAUAUUUUGACAGACGCCCAGGACAUUUUUGACAGAAGCCCCGACAUAUUUUAAAAGAUGCCCCCAACGUAUUUUGACUGAUGCCUCCAGCAUAUUUUGACUAAUGCCCCCAACAUAUUUUGACUGAUGCACCCAACAUAUUUUGACUGAUGCCCCCAACAUAUUUUGACUGAUGCCCCCAGCAUAUUUUGACUGAUGCCCCCAGCAUAUUUUGACUGAUGCCCCCAGCAUAUUUUGACUGAUGCCCCAGCAUAUUUUGACAGAUGCCCCCAGCAUAUUUUGACAGAUGCCCCAACUUGAACACCUAACAUUGUCCCCAAAAUUGUUCUCCCAUCGAAUAACGCCCUCUGACUUUAUUUAAAACAAUGAUUUUAAAAUUUUGCUUCAAAUUCUAAAAUCAAGAAUUUACCGGGAUUCAACAUUCCCCUGCGAGAGAUGCGGCCGUGAUUGUCAUUCAAGGAUUGGCCUAGUGAGCCACUCGUCAAAGUGUAGAGCUAUAUAGCUACUCCAUCGUCUCACGAAGGCGGAAGGAUGCCUUAUUAAUUAAUGCCUACGAAAGAAACAGUCAAUUAGUUCAUAGUGCUGUAUUAUUUUAAAAUACAAAGAUGCUAAAAAAAUUUAAUUGAAUACUUAAAAAAUGCUAUAAAAUUAGCUUUCUAACUUACUGGUCAUUUAUCUCAGCUCUCUUCGAGUAUUAUGUGUGUCUUUUCCAGCUUUGAUUGCAAUCAAUUCCUGAAGUCAGAAUUGGAACUAACAUACACAAAUAUGCUACCUUUUGAUUGAUAGUUUGAUUGGCUGAAUCAUUUUAGGCUUGGGGUUAUAAAAUCAAAGACGUAUCACCAAUGUAGAGUUAUACUGUUAUGUCAAAAAGUACGUGAUUGACACUGACACAAAGAACAUGGCUGGCACUGACACGAGGAGCAUGGCUGGCACAAAGAACAUGGAUGGCAUUGACACAAAGAACAUGGUUUGAUACUGACACAAAGAACAUGGUUGUCACUGACACAAAGAACAUGGCUGACACUGACACAAAGAACAUGGUUGUCACUGACACAAAGAACAUGGCUGACACUGACACAAAGAACAUGGUUUGAUACUGACACAAAGAACAUGGCUGACACUGACACAAAGAACAUGGCGGACACUGACACAAACAAGAUGGUUGUCACUGACACAAAGAACAUGGCUGACACUGACACAAAUAACAUGGUUGUCACUGACAAAAAGAGCAUGGCUGACACUGACAGCAAGUAACAUUUUUGACAUAUAAUCAUUAAUUUAGUGUACACUCCCGCCUCACACUCCCCCCCCAACCCCAGGUGAAGAUGCAGUAUAAAAUGGUGGGUGACGCCAGUGCCGUAGACUACACCCCUGUCGAGGAGAUGAGACAAGCCACGAUCCAUGAGGUCAAUGAGAAGGUGGACCUGUUCUCAUACCUCUUCUCCAUAGUGGCACACCUGCUGACCUUUGCCUUCUUGAUCAUGUUCAAAAGCGCGUAUACUUAUAAUAAGUGAGUACGACUUACGACACUGACAUUUGUACAAAAAAUUAUGUUUUAAAUAUUAGGCCCAAUUCCCUAUUCCAAGUCAGUUUAUUGGGGAUAUAAAAUAUAUAUCAGAAAUUAAGCUAUCGCUUCAUAGCCUACCUUAUCUAGCAAUGUAAGAUAGCAUCUGAAAUAAAGCUAUCACUGCCAUUGUCUCAUUCUGAGCAUACCUUGUUCAUUAAUUUACCAAACCAAAAUUUACACUUUUUAUAUAUAUAUAUAUAAAACCCCCCCCCCCCCCCCCCACGUUGACAGAUUAUUUUAACUAGCCGAUAUAACCAUGCUUAACUUGGGGGAUAGGGGGGUGGGGAGAGAGAGGGGUGCCAUUGAACUGAUUGGUAGAAGUUAUAGAGCCUAGUCUAAUGGUCCAUCACGUGAUUACCUUGAUGGAGCUAACGUAUAAAGUGUUUGGUUAAGAAACAUUAUUUACCUUUUGUCAAGCCUCUUUGAAAAAUACAAAUAAAAAAGAAAGGAGUCUUUUUUUUUUUUUUUUUUUUUUUUUUAAAAGCACCCAGUCUUUGACAUAUAUUUUGACAAAGAAUGACUGCUUUUCUUUUAAAAUAUUAAUUCUUUUCUAUUUGUAUUUUUUUUUAACUACAAAUUUUUAAAAAUAUUAAUAAUCUAAAAAAAAAUGGAUAUUUAUUUUUAAAUCUUCGUCUACUUUGAACGAGUUUAUUUUCUGGUUAAGGAGUCUCUCCUCAAUGAAGUGAUCACUUUUGUCAUCUGGCUUGAGGGGACUUGCUUAUUCUAAAUAUAUAUGAUUUGGAUUUAAAUUAAUAAGAUUUCUUAUAACCAAACGAGUAAAUCACUUCUCGAUCGCAAACUUUAGUUUUCGGGGACGCCGAGUUCUGCCCUAACGGAAACGAAGGCGGCCCUCGUGCCAGGGGGGGGGGGCACGGCUCCUCGUGAGUUGCCGUUCAAGAGCUAACGCCCAGUGACACUUCUGCACUUAGUGUCUAAAAAAAAAAAAAUUCCCCAAAAAGUGCAGCUACUGGGUCAUUAUUUUGCGCGCCUGGUGCGCAUUUCCUCGUCCUCGCGCAUUUAAACAUACAUUGAGUUUUCUCUAUACAGACGGCACGGUUUUUGUGUGUGUUCCUUCAUCUUCUUGGAGCAGAAGUCAUUCAUCUGUUAUAAUUAAUGUUCAACAUCACCUUCAACACUGUCCCUUAGAAAAUACCUGACGGAGCUCAGUUUUGACAACAUCUACAUCACGCCCUACUUCCGCCACAUCGACGCCCGGAGGAAGGCGCAGGGCAAGAAGACAUUGCUGCCGCUAAAGAAGUUCGAGUCCAAAGAAUACACAAGUCUCAGCAAAAUGAGUGAGUGGCCGAUUUCAACAAUGGUUGUUUGAGGAUAGAAAGGUUUGGGGACUUAUUUAUUACAGGGACAUUUUGACCAAGUGUUUUGAAUGAUAGAAUUGUCUACGUCGUGCCGUGCACUCUUAAAUGCAACAAUUUUUUGCAUUGUGAAAAUGUUUUUAAUAUUUUGUCUAGACACUUACAAAAAUAUUCUUAAUUCUAAUUCAGGAAAAUAAUAAAAACCAAUAAAAAAUGUUUAAAAGGGGUUUAGUUUUAUUUACUAUAAAAUAUUGACAUGCUAGAAAAUAUAUUGAAAAGUAAUCACUUAAUUUGCACUUAUCUUUUUGGGGUCAUUUGUCGACUUGAAAUGAGACACCGUUCAGAUUUCUACUUGUGUCCAAGCGAAAAAAGAUGUAAUAUUUAACAGAACUCUUGCACCACCCGUCCUUGCAGAGUUGUCCCCGGUCGAAAGGAGUCGCCUCAUCUCUGCCACAGCACUGUUGAUGGUCCGUGUGUUUAUUAGCGCCAUCAUAUGCUACAUGGACAGCUUAUUGUACCAGGUGAUGUUAACCCAUUGAUACUUGGUUGUACUACAGCAGGGGUUCUCAAAAUUCCUAAUGACUCCAAACUUAAAAUAUUUAUCGUUGCUCCUUCAUAAAUCUGUGUUUUCCGACGGUCUUACUAGGCGACCCCUGUGUAAGGGUCGUGCGACCCCCCAAUGGGAUCGCGACUCAAAGUUUAAGAGACGCUGUACUAUAGGAUUGGGCAACCUAAGGCUGGCGGGCCACUUGUGGCCCUCUCAAACGUUGUAUGCAGCCCGCAGAGACCUUCCGGGGACAUGUUAAAUGUCUUCGUAAAAUGCACAAAUUGGGAAUGGUUAUCUUUAAAAGCUUUUGAAAAUGUCAAUUUAAUAAUAAUAGAAGUAAUCAAAACAAACGGAACAAUUAUUCCGUUGCUUAAUUUCGAGCUCAUUUUCAACAGAACUUUUACAAAACUAUAAGCUGUCCGUCAAAAAUAAAAAAAAUUGUGUCCAUCCGGCCCUCUUCACGUAGAGAUUGUACAUCAGUGUUGUUCUAGGGAUGAUAUCAUAUUGAUAGAUUGCUGUACCAGGUAGAGGCACUCAGCAUUGAUAUGUUGCCAGGUAAUGUUACGUGAUGUUAACCAAUUGCUAUGUUGCCAGGUAAUUUUACAUGAUGUUAACCAAUUGCUAUGUUGCCAGGUAAUGUUACAUGAUGUUAACCAAUUGCUAUGUUGCCAGGUAAUGUUACAUGAUGUUAACCAAUUGCUAUGUUGACAGGUAAUGUUACAUGAUGAAACUUAGAUGAAUUAUUUCUUUUAUCCUCUCCACCAGAUUUUGGACAUAGUUGCCAGGAACAGCCGGGUUGAAUACCACCAGACGGGGGAGCAUGUCAUUGACAUCAAGGUCGGUCACUGUACACGUAUAAACUGGCCACUGGGGUAGUCGGUAUUCGAAGAGGGUGGUAUUGUGAGAACCACUUUUAAAAUGGGAACUGUCAGUAAAAAGGGGUGAGGAGCCAGAACGUAUAACAGCAGUUUAAAAUAUUUAGAGUUCUAGACUUAUGAUUUUAUAUAUAGGCGGGUGCGGGUGAGAAUCAGUGGCGUAGGAAGAGGGGGGGGGGACCGGGGUAAAGGGCCACCAGCAGCACCCUUUUUCUCUAUAUCUAGACAAGUGGCAUUUUGGCACAAGUGCAAGGAAAAGAAAGGAAUUAAAAGACACAAUUCCUAAUUUUAUUUUACCAUCAAUUACUAGACAUUUAAUGAGAUAUUGGAACUAUAACAUUGGCUCAGGUUUAAACAGUGUAUUUAGGCUCAAUAUUCUGACCCAGUUAAAUAGAAAUAUUGGGAGGGAAAAAAGAAGUGAAGUAAACCAAAACAAGACGCCGAUAAGGACAACAGCCAAUCAAAUGACAGUAUUGGAGAGACAUUUUGUUUUGGCAACAUGGUGUGACAUGAAUAACAAGCUCAAUACAUGCUAAAUUGGCAGCUUUAAUAAUAAUAAUAAUAUUGACUUACAGUUUUUUUAAUGCUUAAUAGCACUCCUCGGGGGUUGAAGGGAAUAUACAAAAAUUAGAUUAGGUUUCAAGAUAUUUUAAGAUUGAAUAUUCUUGCCAUCUUGGACAUCAUGAUUACAGGUCUACGGAACUGGCUUUAUGAGCUCCCUUGUGAGAAACUUUCUGGUCAAGUUCAAUACAAAGCACAAACUUGACCAGCUCACCACCAACUAUGACUGUCUACCCAGCCCCUCCCAGACGGACGUCGCCAUUGUCGCAUUUCUGUUCUUGACCUACUUCAUUGUCUGGCUGUUUCUUUACUUCGAGGCGUUUGGACUUAGGCUGAGGUGGGCACGUCUGGGGGAGGUGCGUACGUCUAGGGGAGGUGUGUACGUCUGGGGGAGGUGUGCGCGUAUGGGGGAGGUGUGUACGUCUAGGGGAGGUGUGUACGUCUAGGGGAGGUGUGUACGUCUAGGGGAGGUGUGUACGUCUGGGGGAGGUGUGUACGUCUGGGGGAGGUGUGUACGUCUGGGGANGUAUCAUGUCAGGUUGAGGUGUGUGUAUCAUGUCAGGUUGAGGUGUGUGUAUCAUGUCAGGUUGAGGUGUGUGUAUCAUGUCAGGUUGAGGUGUGUGUAUCAUGUCAGGUUGAGGUGUGUGUAUCAUGUCAGGUUGAGGUGUGUGUAUCAUGUCAGGUUGAGGUGUGUGUAUCAUGUCAGGUUGAGGUGUGUGUAUCAUGUCAGGUUGAGGUGUGUGUAUCAUGUCAGGUUGAGGUGUGUGUAUCAUGUCAGGUUGAGGUGUGUGUAUCAUGUCAGGUUGAGGUGUGUGUAUCAUGUCAGGUUGAGGUGUGUGUAUCAUGUCAGGUUGAGGUGUGUGUAUCAUGUCAGGUUGAGGUGUGUGUAUCAUGUCAGGUUGAGGUGUGUGUAUCAUGUCAGGUUGAGGUGUGUGUAUCAUGUCAGGUUGAGGUGUGUGUAUCAUGUCAGGUUGAGGUGUGUGUAUCAUGUCAGGUUGAGGUGUGUGUAUCAUGUCAGGUUGAGGUGUGUGUAUCAUGUCAGGUUGAGGUGUGUGUAUCAUGUCAGGUUGAGGUGUGUGUAUCAUGUCAGGUUGAGGUGUGUGUAUCAUGUCAGGUUGAGGUGUGUGUAUCAUGUCAGGUUGAGGUGUGUGUAUCAUGUCAGGUUGAGGUGUGUGUAUCAUGUCAGGUUGAGGUGUGUGUAUCAUGUCAGGUUGAGGUGUGUGUAUCAUGUCAGGUUGAGGUGUGUGUAUCAUGUCAGGUUGAGGUGUGUGUAUCAUGUCAGGUUGAGGUGUGUGUAUCAUGUCAGGUUGAGGUGUGUGUAUCAUGUCAGGUUGAGGUGUGUGUAUCAUGUCAGGUUGAGGUGUGUGUAUCAUGUCAGGUUGAGGUGUGUGUAUCAUGUCAGGUUGAGGUGUGUGUAUCAUGUCAGGUUGAGGUGUGUGUAUCAUGUCAGGUUGAGGUGUGUGUAUCAUGUCAGGUUGAGGUGUGUAGCUCUGCAAAAUUAUAUCCAGGGUCAACAAAAUCGUCGUCUGAUAUUUAUUUUAGUCAAAUUUAUUAUCGUAAUUUAUAAAAAUCAUUCAUGUUAAUUUAAUUAAAAAAACUCAGCAACAUCAUAAAUAAAGAAGGUUGAAUUUUUAUGACUUACAACCUAUGCCAUUGUGUAAAUAUAAACUUCUCUUUUGUGAAGGAACCUACUUGUUUUUAAAAAAAACAAAAUGCCUUCCUGUGUUGAAAUCUCCAGGCGGGCCAUCGCUUCAUUCUACUACAGGAAGAGGGAGAAGAAGAGAGUCCUGUACCUCUACAAUGAAAUGUUUCGCAGACGACUCGGGUACCUGACGCAUUUGAGGAAGAAGGUGCGCAAAGCUAUCAAAGCCAGGGAGCUGAAAAGGAAGGUGGGGCUCCUGGUGGCGCUACAGGUAAGGAUCUGCGCAUGCCGACGGACACAUGCAGGUGCGCCAUCUACGUUUACGUGCGUAUUAUGAAAAAUUGUGUUAAAGCGAAACAUAAAUUGUUAUAUUAGCACGAAUUGUUCGUGUCUAAUUAAUUCAUCUACAUAAACCAGUGUGCAUAUUCACAAACAUGGGAGUCCAUCAUAUCUAUAUUUACAAUGUUUGUAGCAUCGUGUCUGCUCAUUUUUAAAAAAUUAAAAUUCUUUUGAUUUUUUUUUUUAAAGUCACCCUAUUGGUCACUCUACCUUUUUAAAAAUUCCCUUUAUUGAUCUCUACACCUUUUAAAAAAUUCCCUUUAUUGAUCUCUACACCUUUUUAAAGUCACCAUUUGGUCUCUCAACCUUUGUAAAGUCCCCAUUUGGUCUCUCAACCUUUUUAAAGUCACCAAUUGGUCUCACCACCCUUUUUUCCCUGGUUACUAUCCAGUACAUAAAUGUUACAUUAAAUAUUUACAACUGGUAAUGGGAUAACCUGUAAAAAUGUCAGCAAUAUUUACAACUGGUAAUGGGAUAACCUGUAAAAAUGUCAGCAAUAUUUACAACUGGUAAUGGGAUAACCUGUAAAGAUGUCAGACAUAUUUACAACUGGUAAUGGGAUAACCUGUAAAGAUGUCAGCAAUAUUUACAACUGGUAAUGGGACAACCUGUUGGCUAUGGGAACACCUUUAAAGAGGUUAGAGAAAUGUAUAAUGUAACUUAUUUAUAUUUCAUGCCCAACUUAUUUUUAAAACAACAACAACAACAACUAAACCAUUUUUCCUAACUGUUCUAAAGACAUGGGUCAUUCUGAUUUUUUUGGCUGACUCUUGUCCCCGUUGCAGCGUCACUGUCCAGCUUGCUGUCGGUGGCUCCGCAUCUUCCAGUCCAACAGGGAGACGUGCAUCAUCUGUGAUGACAACCAGAAUGAGUUCUUUCACAUGUGCACCACCACGGGCUGC